AUGCGGACAUUUUGCAUUCCCCACGCUCGUGUACCAAUCGUCAAAUCUUGGGAUCCCAAGCUGCGCAUAGCGUCAGACAUCAACGUCAACAACACGAUUGCCCUGCACAACACACGGAUGAUCCAGACAUUUGUGGCGCUAGACUCACGGGUACGGCCGUUUGUAAUGGCCAUCAAGCAUUGGUCCAAGUGCCGCGAGAUUAACGACGCUGCCUCUGGUGGUACACUGUCUCCAUAUGCGUGGGUCAACCUGGCGAUCAACUUUUUGCAGAUGCGCAGCCCGCCGAUUCUCCCGAUUCUGCACCCGCCCAUCUCACCGCAAGACGCCAUGAACACUGGAUACGGCACGGGUAACGUGGACCUGGAGUUUAACGACAACAUCGAGCAGCUCCGUGGCUUUGGCGUGGCCAACAUCGAGUCACUAGGGUAUCUGCUGUACGCGUUCUUCCGCACCUACGCCUACGAGUUCGACUACCGCCAUCAGGUUGUGUCGCUGCGUCAGGGCUGCUACCUGACCAAGGCGCAGAAGGGCUGGGACACGGGUCGCCCUUCACAAAUCUUUUGUAUUGAAGAGCCGUUUUCGACCUGGCUCAAUCUGGGUCACAGCGCCAACACAACAUCCGUCGAGGGCAUCAGGCAUGAGUGCCAGCGCGCAUUCCACAUUUUG